AAAAGAAUUUAUUAUUUAUUACUUUAUAAUUAUACAGUACUUCAAAUUAAUAUUCUUUUCAUAACGCGUACAAUGAGAGGUUAUUUGUUACACGUUGCUCAGCUACUUCUAUAUACUACAUGUUCCGCGGUUCGAUAAAGGCGCGAAAAUAUAGAUCAAAUUUCUCUUUAAACUCAUCGAAUGUACCCACAUACGUUAUAAUUUAUUUACAGUUGGCUUUUGACUUGAUUCGAGUCUGAUUUAUUACUUUAUCCUAUAGAAGAGUAUCGGUAAAAACUUGAUGAUUCGAGAAAUACUCUACUAGAAACUUUGAGCAAGAAUGUUGAUGAAGUGUGCCACAAAUAAUCCAAAAACAAGAGAACGCCAUUAUUAUCAUCUGUCGAGAAGAUAAUCGAAGUAUCCGAUCGAUAUAAACUAUAAUUUAAUGUCAUGAAGCAAUUAAUUUUAUAAUGGAAGUGCACCAAGAAACGUAUAGCAUUGUUGUAUUUAUGUCACAGUAAAACAUCUAUUAACCUUAUAUUUAGAAAUUACCAAUAAUAAUUUGUUUAAUUGAUCAAUAAAAGUCAAGAUGUUUAAUAUUAUGAGCAUCUUUAAAUCCGGUCAUUUGCAUCUACUAUACGAUCUCUUCCGGUUAUCGGCAAGGAUUGGUGUCGCUAUGAUAAUUGCUACGUUUAAAAUGGUUUUACCUUGUCGAACGAAGAAUUUGUUAGGCGAAACAGUGUUGAUUACCGGUGCUGGGCAUGGGAUUGGCCGUGAAUUGGCGAUUCAAUUAGCUUCGUUAGGUUGUAUAGUUGUUUGUUGGGAUAUUGAUGUUGAAGCAAAUCGGUCAACAAUUAGCGCAAUAUCACAGAAGGGUGGAGAAGGAUACGGUUUCGUCAUUGACACAUCGAAAAAAAUCGAGGUACAAGAAACCGUACGAUUGAUGAAAAAGUCAGGUAUACCGGAUGUGUCCAUCUUAAUUAAUAACGCUGCCGUGUUAUAUCAUCGCCCUUUCCUAAAACAAGAUUCAGAUAUCAUAGAGAAGACCUUCAAUGUCAAUGUUUUGUCAAAUUUCUGGACAAUCGAAGCUUUCCUACCGAGCAUGAUACAAAAUGGAAAAGGACAUGUUGUAUGUAUGUGCAGCAUGUGCGGUAUAUACGGGGUGUCUCAAAAAGUAACGUACUGCUCGUCGAAGUUCGCGGUUAGAGGAUUAAUGGAGGCUCUUCUGGAGGAGUUUAGAUUAGAUUCUAAGACUUCUAAUAUACGAUUCACCACUGUAUACCCGUUUUAUGUUGAUACUGGCCUAGCUAGGGAUCCAAAAUACAGAUUUCCGUACAUAUUCGGGGCAGUAUCCCCAGAAUACGCGGCGAAAGAAGUAAUCAAAGCGAUAAGAAGAAAUUAUACCGAAUAUUCUAUACCAAGAUGCCUUCUUACGUUAAACGCCAUUAAUAGAAUCGUCCCUGAAAACGUGAUGAGACUUAUUCUGGAUUUUCUGGGAGAUGUAGAACGAAAACAAAAGGAAGCACUCAUUUCUUGCGAAAGUGACGCGUUAAAGUGACACUGCUAAUUAUAUAGAAUGACGAAUGACAUAUUUUAUAAUAUCGUUUACGUUUAGUUAUUACAUUUGAAGGUCGUAUUGCGUAAUGUAGAGAUUAGGAUCAUUUAUUUAUAAUUUAAAUCUGUUCUAACUGAUGGUUAUAUGUAAUAUCUCCUUUACGAUUCUAAGACUCGAUAAAAUAUUGUUAUUUAUUACAACAUGAACGUUAAU